AUGGCGCUUCCCUUCACCAAGCUUCGCCCCGAGGCCGAUCUCGCCAUCCUCUCCGUCCUCCGUGGCUGCUACCUCACCAAGUCAGUGCAGGACACUCUCGUCUCAAAGGACACGGUUAUCAAGAAGGACAAGUCGCCCGUCACUGUUGCCGACCUCUCGGCGCAGGCUCUCAUCUCGCUUCACCUCCUCGACCACUUCCCCACUGACCUCAUCAUUGGUGAGGAGGACACCUCCGAGCUCCGUGCCAACGAACCUCUCCGCAACAAGGUUGUCGGCCUCGUCAACGACGGCUUUGACCGUGUCGAGGGCUGGGGCAAGGGUGACAAGUUUACCACCGAACAGAUCCUGAGCGCAGUUGAUGCUGGUUCGGCGCCUGGCGGUACCAAGGGCCGCUACUGGACCAUUGACCCGGUCGACGGCACCUCUGGCUUCAUCCGCCACCAGCAGUUCGCCGUGUGCCUUGCUCUCAUUGUCGACGGCCAAGUCGAGCUCGGUGUUAUUGGUUGCCCUAACCUGGGCCCCGAGCCUGCCAAGAUUGGCGAGGAGAUUAUCCCCAACGGCAAGGGUGUGCUCAUGAUCGCUGUCCGCGGCGAGGGCAGCUGGUCGCGCCCCCUCGACUCGGAGGUCUACACUCGCCUUUCGCUCCCCCCGACACCUCCUGCUUCCAACCCUCUCACCUUCCUCGAGUCGGUCGAGGCUGGCCACUCGGCCCACGGCAUUCAGGCCCGUAUCGGUGAGAUUCUCGGUGUGCAGCGUCCCUCGCUCCGCAUGGACAGCCAAGCCAAGUACGCCUGCCUGGGCCGCGGCGAGGGUGGUGUCUACCUCCGUAUCCCCACCAAGUACUCGGGCGGCAAGGACUACCAGGAGAAGAUCUGGGACCACGCUUCGGGCUCCCUCCUCAUUGCCGAGUCGGGCGGUGUCUGCACCGACAUGAACGGCAAGCCCCUCGACUUCUCUGUUGGCCGCACCCUCUCCGGUAACGAAGGUAUUGUCGCUGCCGGCAGCGAGAUGCACGCCCGAGCCGUCGAGGCCGUCAAGAAGGCUGUCCAGGAGGCUGGUUAUAAGCUCUAG